GCGUUUGUCACGUGAUCACAGCGGGUUUGUCGUGUUCGUUGGGUUGCACGGUGCGGCCAUGGUGGGCAGCAGUCAGCUGGAGAACGCCAACCCGCUCAUCUACCAGCGGAGCGGGGAGCGGCAGGUGACGGCUCGGGACGAGGACGAGGAGCUGCACGACAGGAUCGAUGACCGGGAGAUAUUUGAUCUCAUCCGUUCUAUCAAUGACCCGGAGCAUCCGCUGAGCCUGGAGGAGCUGAACGUGGUGGAGGAGAUCAGGGUGAAGACUGAUGACGAGGCGGGCACGGUGUCGGUGGAGUUCACUCCCACAAUCCCGCACUGCAGUAUGGCCACCCUGAUCGGGCUGUCCAUUAAAGUGAAGCUCCUGCGCUCCCUGCCGGAGAGGUUUAAGGUGGACGUUCACAUCACCCCCGGCACACACGCCUCCGAACACGCAGUAAAUAAACAGCUGGCGGACAAAGAACGUGUGGCGGCAGCGCUGGAGAAUUCCCAUUUGCUGGAAGUUGUGAACCAGUGUUUGUCUGCGAGGUCCUAGACUCCGCCUCCCUAGUGCCGCCAUUUUCUCGGAGCCCCUGCUUUUUAUUCUGUGUAAAUUAAAGUUAGGUCUUUAUAUAUAA